AUGGCUGCUCAGAACAUUCUCCUCGCUGUAGCGAUCUUGCUUCUUGCCAAGCUGUUCAUGAAUUGGUACAAGUAUUGUUCUAUCCCUGGACCCUUGCUUGCUGGUACUUCUGAUUUAUGGCGAGCAUAUUAUCAGUAUCGAGGACAGUUGCGUUCGAAAUUGUUGACGUUGCAUAAGAUCCACGGACCGAUCGUUCGUUAUGGAGUGGACGCUGUCAGUAUCAGUGAUCCUAGCGCUAUCAGUAUAAUAUACGGAUCUCGUGCUGGAUUCGUAACAGUGAGUACUGCGGAAUCAUACAAAGUCCUCGUUGGGAUCUCCAAUGGUAAAGAAGUUGCUUCCCUAGUAAGCACUGCCGAUGAAGCCAAGCACGGGGCUUUGCGACGAUCUGUUUCCAAGGCAUUCACACCAGCAGCCGUCUUGGACUACGAAGUUUAUAUUGACCAGACGAUCCCUGACCUCCUGCAAGCUCUUGAAAGACACGAAACGGUUGACUUGUCCGAAAUGAUGCUUCUCUACUCGAUGGAUUCCGCGACCCGAGUCUCUUUCGGCGAAACCCUAGGCUGUCUUGAAUCUGAAUCAGAUGUAGGAGGGACCAUCCAAUUGAUUCGUGACAGGUUCAAUCAUUGGGGCUGGUGGUCUUCCAUCCCAACUUUGGAGAGAUUGGUGUAUAGAAAUCCCUACUCGAUGAGAGUCCAGAGGACGCCAUCCAGUAUGGCUGCCAAAGCAGUGUCCUUAUUGAAAAGUCGAGCAGACACCACAGAAGACAAAACUCAUUCGGAUUUGCUCCAGAAAUUCAUACAAGCUGGCCACGAUUCUCCCGAAACGCUCGAUAUGACAGGAAUAGUCGGCUUGCUCAUGUCCACGAUUUCAGGGGCAGGGGAUACGACGGCUACAACAAUGACUGCUUGGCUCUUCAAUCUCAUGAAGAGCCCGGAGGUCAUGCGUAAGCUCAGGGCCGAGAUCGUGGAAGCCAAAUUGUCGGUGCCUCCUUCAUUCGCUGAAGUCAACAAGCUUCCAUACUUGAACGCAGUCCUGAAAGAAUCUAUGCGUGUUUACCCUACUCCCACCUUUCCAAUGGAACGCAAGGUCCCUUCCGGUGGCGUCUCGAUAGCUGGGACCUUCUUUCCUGAGGGUAUAACUGUGGGUUGUAUGCCUUCCGCGAUCCAUAUGAAUCCAACUGCUUUCGGAGAAGAUGCCGAGGUCUUCAGACCGGAGAGGUGGUUGGAGGCAGAUGAGGAUUCUUUGAGGAGUAUGGAAUCUGCUCAUUUGGGGUUCAGUCGUGGAAGGAGAGCGUGUUUGGGACAGCAUAUUGCGGUGAUGCAAAUGAAGAAAGUUAUUUCUUCUCUCAUUGUAACUUUUGGUGUAAGUGUCCUCCCGCUUGGCCGUCUCAUUUGCACCUUUUAUCGAUAUGAAGAAUAUUUUUCCGUGUCGAUCCGGACUUUGUGA